AAGUCCAAUGGGGCGUACCCAAAAAACGUCUUAGACAGAAAGAGAGAGGAAAGAGCUAACUCAUCAUCUCUGACACUUCUUUUUGCAUUCAAAACAAAAUCAUUAUUUUUAUUAAUGAAGACUUUUCUCGAGAGAAUAAAUGUUUGGAGUUUUCAUUAUUAGCCAGCGGAGCCAAUCUUAUUUUCUAUCGUUCUUCUGAGGGAAUCUUCGUUUCCCCUCUCCAUUUCGUACGCUUUCUGGGACUGUGCUUACACAGAUUUAAGCUCCAUUUCUGUCUGCUUUUAAACAAAGAAUAGCUAGAGCUGAGUGAGUGAUUGAUUGGUUUCUUUCUUGUUGGGUGUUUAAAAUGGGAGCUUGUUUCAGUAAUCAGAUCAAAACAGAUAUUGCUUCCAGUACAUGGCUAAGUUCGAAAUUCAUGAGUAGGGAAGGGAGCAAAGGCUCUGCUUCGGCUACUUCCUUCACUCAUACCCCUCGAACAGAAGGCGAGAUCUUGAAAAAUGCUAAUCUGAAGAGCUAUACCCUCAGUGAACUCAAGUCUGCAACUAGGAGCUUCAGGCCUGAUAGCAUGGUUGGUGAAGGUGGCUUUGGUUGCGUUUUCAAAGGAUGGAUCGAUGAGACUUCCUUGUCUCCUUCUAAACCUGGGACCGGCAUUGUCAUUGCAGUGAAAAGACUUAACCAAGAAGGACUUCAAGGUCAUCGAGAAUGGCUGGCUGAGAUCAAUUAUUUAGGACAGCUGAAUCAUCCUAACCUUGUGAAACUAAUUGGAUACUGCCUAGAGGAAGAGCAGAGGCUUCUUGUAUACGAGUUCAUGCCUCGCGGUAGUCUUGAGAAUCACUUAUUCAGAAGAGGAACAUUCUUUCAGCCAAUUUCAUGGAACACACGAGUUCGAAUGGCUCUUGGUGCAGCGAGAGGACUCGCUUUUCUUCACAAUGCUCAACCUCAAGUUAUAUACCGAGACUUCAAAGCAUCCAACAUCUUGCUAGAUUCGAACUACAAUGCCAAGCUUUCGGAUUUCGGUUUGGCUAGGGAUGGUCCAGAGGGUGACAAUAGCCAUGUCUCUACCAGAGUCGUGGGAACUCAAGGAUACGCUGCUCCCGAGUAUGUAGCUACCGGUCAUUUAUCGGCAAAGAGUGAUGUGUACAGCUUCGGGGUUGUGUUACUGGAGUUGUUAUCAGGAAGACGAGCGAUAGACAAGAACCAACCUGUGGGAGAACACAAUCUAGUGGAUUGGGCAAGACCUUACUUGACAAACAAAAGAAGGCUACUCCGAGUGAUGGAUCCUCGUCUCCAAGGUCAAUACUCGCUAACCAGGGCUUCGAAAAUUGCACUUGUUGCACUCGAUUGCAUAUCCAUAGAUUCCAAGGUUAGACCGACCAUGAACGAUGUCGUCAAGACACUCGAAGAACUCCAUGUCCAAAAGGAAACACCAAAAGAGCAGCAGAGUCUUCAACCCAGCAAUGAGAGCAAUAACAAGAAAUCUCCACAAGCUGUGAACUAUCCUAGGCCUUCAAUUAUGUAAAAAUCACAAGAUGUGUAUAGACUCUUUUACCUUCUCUCUGCCUAGGUUGUUUUAUAGUAAAAGGGUCUCUGUUUUGGCAAAUGUAAGGGAGAGAAAGAAACAAAAUUAUAGACUAUGAACUUAGGUGCUCUUUCUUGGCAUUUAAAAAAAAAAACACACAAAGGUUUUGUUGCAA